AUGGUCACUCGCGCGGGUCUAGUCCUGGCCGCGGCGUUGUUCGCGGCACCUAUCUCGGCCAAAACCGAUAUGGAGGGUUGUGUUUCGUCGAAGACGGUUGCGUACGGCGGAGCAAGUCUGAUCUGGUAUGUGCCAGACACUGGCGAGAUCUGCGCGUUUCUUGACUGCGGAGGUGGUCGGGCGCCACCCAAGACUACGGUUCCGGGUUGUGGUGCGUACUCGGGCACGGCAUCGUACUCUCCAUCCUACCUGGCAGGAUAUGGUAGUGACUCUGUAGCCUCUUCAACCUCGGCGGCGGCGGCGGCUGGCUCCACAGAGGCCUCUGUGACCACAACCACGCUCGCCACUGGUUCAAGCGCGGCAGAGUUGCCUACCCUGACUGGAGAUUCUACUGCUCUUACUGGCACCAUCUCACCUACGAUUACCUCGGCGGCGAGUCUCACCACGUCGGUCAGCGGGUCGACAGCAAGCCAGGCCAGUGCGUCGACAUCGGGCUCAAGCGCAAACUCGAGCUCGAGCAGUGCUUCCACCGCUGCUGGUGCCAUGGCUACGGCUGGCCCGCUGGGAAUGUUUGUAGGUGUUGCAGCAGGAGUCGUAGCUAUGUUCUAG